CAUCAUGAAGGUCCUUGCGGUUCUUGCACUUUGUGUUUUCACUGUUUGCAACGCCAACGUUGUGUGGCAUGAGCAGCCCAAGACCCAGCUGGACUUGGUCAAAGAUGCUUUUUGGGACUACGUUGCCAAGGCGACCCUCACUGCUGAAGACUCCCUGAGGCAGAUCAGAGAGUCUGAGAUGGGACAGGACCUGAACACCAGGAUUUCCCAGAGCGCUGACACCGUGAACCAGUACAUCGUGGCUCUGAAGGCCCAGGUGGCUCCUCUGUCUCAGAACCUCAUGGAUCAGCUCAACCAGGAGACCGAGCAGCUGAAGACUCGUCUGCAGAACGACCUGACCACUCUGAGCACCAGCGUGCAGCCCUACGCCGAGGAACUCAUGACCAAGAUCCAGCAACAGGUGGAGGAGAUGAAGAAAGAAGUGACCCCCUAUGCCGAGUCCAUGGACCCCGAGGCCCUGAAGACCAUCCUGAUGCAGAAGAGCCAGGAGCUGAAGACGCAGAUGGAUCAGAAAAUGAGCGAGCUGCAGGCCCAGAUGGUCCCCUACACCGAAGAGAUGAAGCAGAAGAUGGACCAGAGUCUGGAGGAGUUUCAGAGGAGCAUGAUCCCCCUGGCCAUGAAUUUUGAGACCCAGUUCAACCAGAAGAGCCAGGAGAUCCAGCAGAGUCUGGCUCCUUAUGGAGAGGAACUGAAGGCCAAGCUGGACUCCAGCGCUCAGGACCUCCAGGCUCAGCUGACCGCCCUCUGGGAGUCUUUCACCAGGAGGACCCAGUAA